GGCAAUUCUGGAUUGGCCACAAUCGGACUGCUUAUUAUUUGUUUUCACCUUCACUUAUAUCGGUCGGUCCUUUUCGCUUCCUAUUGGCAUCCGGGGCGCGGAGAGCCCUUGUUCGCGGCUAACAGCUACGAAGUAAUGGAUUACUAGGGAGAUGGGCCAUCAGCGCCAAGGAAACAAAUGGAAUCAUGGCGAGAACGAGGGUUUGUACCGGACUCAGACGAGGAUGAUGGGCUGGGCAGCCAAGAUAAGGUGGUUCAGGAUGUUGAAGGUAGUGAUGAUGAGCUUGCAGCAUCCCCCAAGCCUAAUGCGCUUAACACGACCACCCAAGCUUCCCGGAACGAUGGCACUAAAGAGGACGAGUGCCAAAAUUCCCAAGUCCCUGGGGGUGAUCUCCAACCUGUCGUAUCCAAUCAAUUGAGUGAUGAUGCGUUUGCUCGGGGGUAUGAUGAUGGAGAGAAUGACGGCGAAGUUUCUUCGGCCAUAGAGUUGUCCGACAAGGCAGCUCGGGAUAUCGCUCAAGGACUGUCGUCAGAAGGCCCCAAUGACGAGGAUGCAACUCCCAGGGGGAGGGCAUUGAAUUCACAUCCAUCUCCGACCCUAUCAGCUACUCCAAAGCCGAAUCGGCCGACGACUCCGUUAGCAGAGCAAGCGAAGGACAUAUGGGACUUUCCCAGUUCUUCUCCAGACGAGCUACAGCUGGACCAGCUUAUCUCUCGGAGAUCAACUAGCCUCCCUUCGAAAGCGCAUAGAACUGGCGAGCCACCGGAGGGUAAUAACAAUGCUGACCUUCCUCUAUCUUCUCCGCUGUCAUCCCUGCACUCUUUAGCCUUGGAUGAAGACGAACAUCGUGAACAAGAAAACACAGAGAAUCCACCACCAUUGCAGAGUAAACUGGAGGAUUUGCUCCCUCCUCUCGAUAUACCGGAGGAUAUCUUGCAAGAAUUGUCCCAGCCAACACGAAGAUCCCUGCGGCAGCGCAAUCCCAUCCAGCUACAUCCUUAUCUGUUAGAAGAUGCGAAAUACCAAAAGCUCAUGAAGGCAAGAGGCAUUCAACCAGUACGCAUCGCUCAAUACCAACGGGCAUUGCAAGCGGCGGCAGAUAGUCAAGGUCAGAGCUUUGAUAGCACCCUACCCCCUUCGAGUAGCCCUACUACGAACUUCGAAUUCCCCCCAUCGUCUCCAGCGGAGGUACAUACUACAUCUGAGGCAAGACCACCUCGAGAUCCUCAUGGUGGUCGGCAGUAUACGCGCCACCCGGACUUGUCUGGCCACGAACCCAGAGGGCCUAAGCGGCGUAAGGUGUCAAAGCCGGACGAUCAUCAACUCGCCUCCCGGUAUCAGUCUCGCCCUAAGGUGAUAAUAGAUAAUGGUACAUCUCCGAUUGGUUUAGGCGAAGAUUCGAUCCAGCACACAACCCCUAGUCCGCCACACUCUGGGAGUGUUAUCUCUUCGCAGGCCUUACGAGAUCCAAUCGAGUUCCGGUUCCCCCGAGGGUUCACGCCGCCUUCAUUAAAUACACCGAGCAAUGCCCCGAUGUUAGGGCGGAGAGACAGUGCCGGCCUUACGUACGGGGUCAGUUCCGGAGUCGAUCGAGAGCUUGUUCAUGCCCGGUCGAUAGCCUCUCGGGAUUCUGACUCAGAGAAUGAAAGAGAGGACGAAGAAGAAGACGGAGAAGAUGACAAUAGGGAUGAAGGCGCCGUUCGUGAACUACAACGUAGAAUUAAAGGUGUUCUUCCAGCUUCAUGGCUGCGAUUAGACCAACAAAGACAGAAGCAGGCACAACUGAGUUCUACACAACGAAAUCGCGAAAGAGUUUCUCGAACAGAAAGCGCCAAGGGUGUCGCUAAAAAGAUAAUUAAAAAACAUGGGCCUACAACUCUCUCAAACCCGACUGACCACUUGACAUCACUGAGACAUCUUGCCGACUCUGAUGGUAGUGAUGGGAGUGAGGGCGACGACAAUGGCGAUAAAAACAAUACACGGCGGAUGCUUGCUAAUCUGGUUGGGUUCGAUGACUCCUUCUUUGCGGAAGACAUUGGUGAGGAUAUUCCAGAAGACAAUCGCAUAGACUACAUGUUUCCAUCGGCAACCCGUGAAACUUCAGCUUCUCGAAUACAGAAGGGGAGAAAAAGACCGAGGCCUGAGGGUCAUAUUGCUCUCUCAGACAGUCGUCCUAAGCGGCUUCGCCUAAAGAGACAAGCUAGACUUACCGAUCCAAUUUACCGGCGAGAAAGGGAGAAGCAGUCUUCCUCACGCGCCCCUCCGAGACUUGGUAUUUUGGACGCUCCAGACGUCACUUCUCGGCCUCGAAACGAACAGCCUCAAUUCCUCAGAAUUGCCGCACGCAAAGCUCGGUUUCGCCGGGACCGUGGAAGACGAAGUCCUUCUGGCAAGGUUAUCAAGCUGAGUUCAACGAUGGACACAGAAGAUGCUAACACAUCGUUGCGCGAAUGGCGCGCCGGCCGUAUCUGGCAGACGAGGUUGCCUAUGCCCCAAACAAAGCCCGUUAGGCGACCACCAUUGAUGGACCUUUCUGCAAAUAAGAAAAUUGUACCCGAUAAUCAGGGUUUUCGGGUGGGAAAUAAAGAUCACUCAGUCACUGCUAGGCCGACAACCGAUCUCGAAGAGACUAAUAUUGCUCAGGGUAACAUUUCAAACCGAGAAGCUCCGACACCGACUCCAGCGUUGACAAAAAUUACUCCUUCAGAACGGUCAAUGCAGGCUGGCCAGCAGGGUAACAAUUGGAUUGUCCGGAGAAACGUUUUUGUCUCUUCUUUGAAGAGAAAUGCCCCAAGGCCUGUGGUGCCAGAAAUGGCCAGUUUUAAUGUCUCUAGAGCGCCGUCAUUCCAACGGUCACUCUCGUUGUUUAGUCGAAAACUCAAGCAAAGACGCUUGACUGAAACUGUGGAUCGAAAUCUAGCACUAGACCGAUUUCUUGCUGACAGGAAUUCGACAGCUGUUCAUCCUGAGACAGGGGGAAAUAUUUCUACUCGAGAGUCAAAUAAUGCCGAUGUAACGCUCCCAAAGCGUCCAACUCAGAUCAGGCGGAAGCUGAAGAAACGUACACCCAUGAGAUUGGAUGUUAGCUCAGUAGAAAAUCUGGGUUUACUCGCUCUGUCUCCAGGUCCAGACCCUCCUAGGAUGCAAAUGACAGAUGCACAUCCCAACACAAGAGUCUUAGACGGAAUAAACGGCUUUCAACGAUCGUACCCUGUGGAUUUCGGUAUCACUCCUCUGUGUGUUGGGACUUUUUUCCAUGAAUCUUCGUUUAUUGGAAGUGGAGAGUUUUGCCGGUCGCUCGAUAUUGGUAAACGUGACCUUGACAAAGACGCUGGCAUUCUCGCAGUGAAAGUUGGGGAUCGAACCUUUCGUUGGGGCCCUUGGAAUGAUACUGUGUCUUCUGAACUUGGUAUUGCAUUCGAUACCAUACUUGAAGAAAUGGAUAAGAGUGAUAUGGUGCCCAGAGAGGCGACCACUGGAACCAUGCCCAAUCGUACCCAUACUAUAUUCAGGCCCUUGGUCAAGUAUGUUACGGAGGCCCUAACGUUUAUCGACCCCAUUGAUAGAACGGGCUUUGUAACAAGGGCCCACUCGCUUGUUUCUAAGGUCAAUGACAACUUGACAGCCUUGGUGUCAACAACAGCCCGGGAGGCAGAGUAUCUUGCGAGAAUUGCGGCUUACAAUCUAGUAUUUGCCAACUUAACUUACCAGAUAGCCUGCCAUGCCCUCGUCAAUGACAACGUUACGGAUAACUUAUUGGAGCUCGCGAGGUUAGUUUCUAGGCAAGCCUGUACAGUCAUCUCGAGCCCAGCAGGGGAGACCAAUAUUCGCACAUUCCUCGAAGACAACAAAGUGCUCACCCAACGCGAUAAAGGGGUCCGUGAUGAAUAUCCAGCUGUGGAGGCCUACAUCAUUGUCCGGCAAAUAUUGUGCCGUACAGAGAGGCUGAAAGGAUGCUUUGAAAGCUUCAUUGCUGACUCCUUGUUGGCAACCGGAGGCUUAAGCAACACAAAGGAUAUCAAUUGCUUAGAAAGCAGAUGGCGUCGACUAUUUACCUCACUACCCUUGAGCGAAAUUGAUGCUACUGGACUUUCUCGAAGCGGAUUACGUUUUAGGGAGACUUGCGACAACUGGAGAUUGGCAAAACAAUUACUGUGUCCUGUUUUAGAGAGCUACGAGCCGAAUUCCUCAGCCUCUAUCUCCUAUAACAGUUACUGCCGAGCUCUGUUUCACAGGUGCUUCCAUCUCCUGAAUGGCUGGGGCUGGAGGGAUUGCAAACUAAUUCUAGAUACUCUCUAUGAUUUCUUUGCUAAAAACACCCUGUACAACCUGAAACAGGAAGAAAACUACACGUCUCCCUCAUUUUUGGAUGAGCUUGACCGUAAUCCAUCUCUUGAUGUCACUCCAAGUGAUCCAUGCUUCCAUGUAUUCUUGAAGAUCAUCGCAAGUGGCUUGCGCUUCUUGUCUAAGAAGUAUGAUAAGAAGAAAGUGCGGAAUUUUGCAUGGCGUUUGUUGCCGAAUCAUGGCCGAGUAUAUCCCAAAGAACAAUCUAUCCACCAGACAGAUCUGGAUGCUUUGAAAAACCACCAUGAUCUCCUCUGUACUUUGUACUUUGCAGUUCCAGAUGGGUGCCGGCCUCGAUUAGAGACGAUAAAAGACCUUGUGCAUCCUGCUAGCUCCCACCGUGAAACAUGCAACAUCAGCCUUCAGUCAUGGACUAGACUUGUACGCUUCAAGUUGUCGACGGACGAGGAUGUAUCUGGGUUGGAGCCGUUUGCUGAUUGGCAUGGUUACUUUGUUAACGAGUUUAUUAAGCAGCACAUGCUUGCUCGAAGGGAAAUAGAAGCGCAGAACACAAAGGACAAUCAAUUUUCCCGCCAGCUGAUCGAACGGACAAUUUCGCAGAAUCAGAGACAGAUCGAGUCUCUCCUGAAAACUGCUCUAAAUGGCUUACAAAACGCAAUCCAAUCAGCCCCGACGCUAGAGCAUGCCCACAAACUCAUCUCUAAGUCGCCUAUCGGUAUAUUAUUGGGUCUGUUCAACCCCAGGGUUGCUCGCGUGAAUACCACUGUGUCGGAGGCUUUACAGAUGAUUAAGGCCUAUGUUCAAAAGAGCAAUUCCAUCUCUGUUUCUGAACCAGCAAACCCACCAGCUCCAGGGGACGAAGAUAGCCAAGAGUAUGGGGAUUGGUCAGAUAUUGAGGCGAUAUACGCGGGCGAGUUUUCUCCUGCAACGAAGCCUCAGGCAAUUGAACAUAUGGAGAAGGUUCUUUACCCAGCUGUGUCCCAGCUUGUAUCUAACUGUUUUGGUGAGGAUCACUGCCCUGAAGAUGCGGUCCUCCUAAGUGUCGUCGAUUGUUGGACUUCUAUCGCACAAGUACUGGUGAAGUAUGGAUUGCGGCACUGGGAAAAUUACCUUAGUCCUUACGAUGGUGGUUCUUGGGCAGUACUCCGAAACACAGUGCAGACUAGAAAGUUCACGCCUAAGUUCUUAGCAAGCUGCAUUGAGAAAGAUGCUCGAUUCAUGUCUGAAUGCAAGAUGCAGGUCUUCGGGAUGUGGAUGUCAAGUUUAGUGGAGCGGGUAUCGAUGCUGAAAUUCCAGCAUUCUUUGACAGAGGCGCUGUUGAAUUGCGAUUCGACCAACACUCUGCUGAAGAACCUACCAUUCUCCGUGGAUAGAGCGGACGGGCGAUACUCAAUCACGCUGGAAGACCUCAGUCAACGUCGGUUAUCCCUCAUAUCAAGUGUACUUUCAAAUAUGCGCGCGCACAUUCAAGAUCUGGAGAGUACGGCAAGUCGAACGCUUCCAAGUGAAAAGCAAGAGUAUCGCGAACUCAUCCAGACGAUGAUGUCCUCCAUGAAGGCAAAUUACCAGGAGCUGGGCAACAGCACAACAGGUGCACAAGGGGCCUACGUUGAUUUUGUCCACCGAAUUGUUGGAUUCUUACAGCAGCAUACGAGGGAUAUCUGUCCCAUUGACCCGUUCUUUACCGACCCUGCCUCUUUUCCUUUGCCUUCGACAGACCCGACUUAUAUUGUUGCACGAUUGAAGGGCUACGAGCCGAAGCUUUCGUCCGAAAAGGUUGUAAAGACACUGAUCGUGUUCGUUCAAGGCAUUACAGAGCGUGCCGCUAUUGAUGGUCAACAGGUCUAUCUUGUUGACCAGUUGCAAGCCGCCAUAGCACAUACUUAUGAAGCGGGAGAUCCCACUAGGCCAACCCUGAGAGCAGCCUUGUUGCAAUCCGUGUUUCCAGCUUACCUCCAAACGGCUUUCUGCAACCCCAGUGCAUGGCUUCUUAGUCAACCAAUCAUACAGACCAUAUCACUCACCUUUAAGGAGCUCCUCUUUCAUAUGGAUAGCACAGAUUUGGACUGCGUCUCAUCAAUUAUAGGUAUCUUAAGCUCGGUCUUUCAGUCCUCAUACCAUGCUCUGUACACCAUCAUUGGCAGUGCUAGUAUGCUCAAAGAACCGCCAGUGGUAAUCACCGUUACUUCUUUCAUCGAGAUGAUAACAUCGUCUCUGCGAGUUGUUGACUACAUUUAUCGAGCCACUGACACAGGAGAGAAAAUCAUAUCCCAAAUACUGGCAUUUCGACAGUUGAUACUCUUCAGCCUGUCUUUCCUACAUGGCCAGCUACACAUAAGUGACCCUGAAGAUAUCGCCCACCCAUCCAAUAUCUUCCUGGCAGAAAAUGCACCUACCAACGUGCCAAAGUUCUUCAACGAAGUUCGUAUUUCUGCUACCAGCGGACUUCAGACUUAUAUCAAUGAGAACUGGUCUCGACACCAAGGUAAAUACUACUUCACUCGACGUGGAGGCCACCAACCGCUGGAGGUUAGCCUUGAGCCACCCAUGGCUACAAACCUGGAGAAUUCCCCGAUGGCGAUAUUCGACGAGGCUGCCCAGAAUUUCUUGGGUACGCUACGGGCUCUGGGCUCAUUUGAUGAUUUUCAUUAGCAUACAUUGAUACCUACCGGGAAAUAUAUAGGGAUACCUUCCUUUAGAGGCGUAUAGGGCAUGGUACGGUUUGCAUAUGGUGUUUUGGCUUCGGAUGGACUUCAUGACGACUGUAAUCAUAUCGCACCUCAUAGCAUGGCCAUGUACUUUAUAUGAUUGGUUGGAUAGUCGAGAGACGAUGACUGGAUUUAUUAAUGACUACUUUAACUCUCAUCACGUAUAGCAUCCAAAAACAAGCGCCUUCUGUCGUUCAUGCAAAGAAAUCACAUUAU